AUGGACGCGGCGACAAAAGACGCCGGCGAGAUUGCGCGUGCGGCGUCAACGGAAGCGGCGGUCAACAAGAUGGUGGCAAGGGGCGGUAUAUGCAGUCGCUGCGGUGACGCCCAUUCCCCCUCACAGUGCCAGUUCGUACAUUCGCAGUGCUUAACGUGCGGAAAAACUGGGCACCUUGCACGAGUAUGCCGAACGGGGAAGCAGAACAGCGGACCACAGCAGCAGCCUGGAUCAAGCCCAGGUUCCACACCAGCCCGCGGUCAGGGUAGGCGUCGCAAGUGGCGGCGGGGACGUGCGGCAGCAGGCUCGGGUUCCUCCGCGGCCAGGCUCAACGUCGUGUCCGAGGACCCGCCGAUUUUCGACAUGUGGCACACAGGCCUUGUCCCGUCGUCUGUGCCGCCGUACGUGCUGACCGUCGAAGUUUGCGGGCGCCCCAUUUCCAUGGAACUGGACACGGGGGCCAGUGUGUCGGUCAUGGCUGGCAAACUUUUCAAAAGGACCUUCCCCGGAGUGGCCGUCGAGGCUUCAGGCGUCAUGCUGCGGAGUUACUCUGGAGAGCUUUCCCAGGUCCAAGGUCAGGCCCAGGUCAGCGUUCGUUUUGGCAACAGGGAAGCAACCCUUCCUCUGUAUUUGACCAAGGGGUCGUCACCGACGCUGCUCGGCAGAAAUUGGAUUUGCGCACUGGGAGUUCGGCUGCCAGAAGGCCAGGAAGCAGCCCUACAUGGCGUACAAGACAUCCCGAGCCUCCUAACAGAUUUCCAGUCACUGUUCCAGCCAGGGGUGGGCACAUUCGCCGGUACGACUGCUGGCAUCCAUGUACCCGAGGGAGUCCGGCCUCGGUUUUUCAAGCCUCGCCCGCUGCCGUUCGCACUGAAGGACGGGGUCACCCAGGAGCUGCAACGGUUACAGCGAGAAGGCAUCCUGGUACCAGUCAAGACUGCGGAGUGGGCCGCUCCCAUCGUUCCAGUCCCCAAGCGAGACGAUCUCGAGUCGGCUUUGUCUGGUGGCCAGAAGUUCACGAAGCUCGACCUCAGAGACGCGUACCAGUACUUGGUGCUCCAGGAGGCCUCACGGAAGUAUGUCACGAUAUCGACAACUAUGGGGCUUUUCCAGUAUACGCGUUUACCAUUCGGCGUGGCCUCGGCACCAGCCAUCUUUCAGAGGGAGAUGGACAACCUCUUCAGGGGCAUGAGGCACGUGGCAGUGUACUUGGACGACAUCCUCGAUGCUGGUCUCAAGCUCAAGCGGGAAAAGUGCGUGUUCAUGGUUCCCAGUGUAGAAUACCUGGGACACGUCAUCUCCCAGGCCGGCCUGACUCCGUCCCUCCGCAAAGUUGAGGCUGUUCUGAAGGCGCCGAAGCCCCGAAACAAGAAAGAGCUGCAAAGCUACCUUGGUCUCAUCAAUUUCUACAGGAGGUUCCUGCCCAACCUGUCUGCACAUCUACAGCCACUGCACAUUCUGCUUCAAGAUGGCCAGCAUUGGGCGUUGUUGUGCCAGAGCACCUGA